AUGGAAGCUUUUAGUGAAAGAUGGUUUACUAUCAAUUCCCUUUACAUGACCGGCAUCUCACUAAUAAUCACGACGAUUUACACGAUUUAUUUUGAAUUCUGGAUUUUUCCAUACAUGAACCAGCAACAUUUCGCUUAUUUUGUGAUUCUUUGCUCUCUUUUAACAGCUUACACUGGCGACAUUUUGCUGAGUUUCGGAAUGAUUUAUCGAAAAUUUGAAUUUCUUCUCGCUUCACUGGCCUCACUGGGAAUUCUGGUCCUAUCGAAAGUCUUAUUCUUCUUUAUAACCCAAUCUGUUCGUCAUCAAAAUUUUCUUUUAACUUAUUUGCUCUUUGGUCUCUUUGAUGCCUAUCGAUUCAUCGUUACAAAUAAUUUAAUCAAAUGUUUGCUAAAAAUGGAGACAACGGUGACACAACGCAGUGUUUCUUCGAGAACAACGUCACAAAACCCUAUGCCAAACCUUGGUUCAACUGCAUAUGCAAAUCGAGAGAUGAAAGUGUUUGACGCUCGUCAAUUGGCCGAGAAACUCGAAAGUCAGCUCGAUGUA